AUGGGAAAGAAAGACAGAAAGGACAAAAAAGAGAAAAAGGAGAAAGAUAAGAAGGAAGAUAAAGGUACCAUAGAGUGUAGAGCAGGAUUCUGUACUAUGAGACUUUUGGAAUACUUAAAUUUGAGAUAUUUGAAGUUAAAUUUAAUAGAUAAGAAAAGUAAGAAAGAAAAGAAAGAUAAGAAGGAUAAAAAAGAAAAGAAAGACAAAGACAAAGAUUUCAAAAGCAGAGCAGAUGAGGAGACUAAAGUCUCUGAUAGACAGUCAGUUGAUAAGAAGACUGAUAAUAAAGAAGUCUAUGAAAAAAAAUCACCUAAAAAGGAGCCGAAGAAAGACCCACCAUUAAACUCAAAAGAAAACAAAGAAGAAAAAUCAAGCAAGCCAGCUGCAAAGCUUAAGGAAAAUUUUGAAUCUGAUUUUAUAAUCCCUAAAAUAAAACCUGCUCCAAGAGCCCAGCUUGAGAAAAUCACGACUAAAGAAGGAUUUAUUGACAAAAUGAAAUCAAUAUGAAAAGAGUAUACCUCGAAAGGAUAUUUCUCUCACGAGCACCAGAGUGAAAUAGCCGAAUCCAUAACAUCUCGAAUAAGCAAUGGAUUGAUAACAAUUCCUUCUCACGACGAACAAGAAUUUAGCCGAGUUAUGAAGAAAAUCAAAGAAGAACGAAUAAGUCCACUCAGACAAAAUCUCCAUCAACCAUUACACUUGGAUAAGACAAGAUUUAUGAAAGAAAGUCCAGAACAAUGCUACACAGAGACUUUCGACUUAAAAGACACCAGAAACAUGAUUGCUUACACUAGGAGCCUAUCUCAACAGAGCACUGAUGGCAGUUCAAAGGUGUCCUCUAAAGUAGAAGCAGCUAAGGUUUUCCAAGAUAUAAUUAAAGAGAAAUAAAGUCAGAAAUAAAAUGGUCAGGAAGAUCAGACAGUAUGAACACAAGAAGCUCCAACAAAUGCUUGAGCAGGAAAAAGAAAAUAAAGCUCUCCUCCUAGAGCAGAAGAUCAAAGAGCGGAAGGAAUACCUAGCUAAAAUUGCAAACCAAAGAGAAUCACGAGUGAAGAUGAAUAAAGAAUUACUUAAAACAGGGAACCAGAGAUUCAAGAAAAUUAUGAAGACUAUUCCGAUAUACCAGAGGCUUGAAGAGGAGUAUAACCAGUCACACAGCUUAAGCAGUCAAACUAUCUAUCCUAAAGCUUCUGUUGACAUUCAAAGUUUGGAUAGACACGCAGAGAAUUAUCAGUAUAUGAGAGAUGCACUCUUACAGAAGAAAAUACUUGAUAGAAAACAUGCGAUGAGGGUUAAGAUCCUUGAAAAUCGGAGAGCCCAGAGCCGUCUCUAUAAGUCAAAAUAUCUCGAAAAUGUUCUCCAUGAUAAUAUACGUUUCAAAGAGAAACUCAAGGACAGAGAUGAUUUAGCCCAGAUCAGGAAGAAUAGGAUCAAAAAUUAUGAGAAAAAUAUCCGUGAGUUAUUCAAACCAAAAGUGUCUGAGAAUAAGCGAAAGGAAAUUGAAAAUAGGAUUAAUAGAUCAAACAAGCCAAGGUCAAAGGCUCACAAUGAAUACUCUUCUCACUCAAGACAAUCUCCUUUGAUAUCAGAUAAUUUUAAAGAUGACAAAAGGUUUGAAAAACGGUCAUCUUCCGUAUCAGCAAUACACACUAAGUAUAAGAAGAGAAGAUUUAAGCCAAAUCCAAUGUUGCCAGAGUCCAAGGCCAGAAGAGAACCCAUACAGUUAAAUUAUCUUGAAAAUAAGCGAAAGUUGAAGGGCCCAAUUGCUGAAAGGGACUAUAAAGAGUACACUCCUUAUAAAUGGGAUUCUCAUGCUAAAGGCAAGGAAGGAAUGGAUAAGUUUGAAUCUAUCUACGAAAAAGCACAGCAAAUUACUGUAGAUGAGGAUAUGCAAGAGCAAUAUCUCAGAACCAAAAACCCUGGAAGUAUAUCCCUCGAUCAGAGCAAGAAUUUGAAUGGAAUGUUGAUAGAUGCCAUAAAAGCUAAACUAUCUCUUCUCGACGAUUUAUAAGAUUUGAUAAAAUGCUGGUACGAAUAAAUC